GUCAAAACCGGCAAUUUUCCCUCUCCUUCUCUCACUCCUCCGCGCCUCUCUCUCUCUCUUUCUCUCAAACGAUGUCCAAAUACAAUCUCCAUUACCCCUUACAGCGCACAUUUUCCCUCCCACGGGUAGAUAUACGCUGCUUCGAUUAGAUAAAUGACGUGAACAACUGAGGGGGGGAAAUGUCGAACCGAAUGAAGGAAGAAGAGAGGAUCGAAAGGAUUAUUCGUAACCUCUUGAAGCUUCCCGAGAAUCGGAGAUGCAUCAAUUGUAACAGUUUGGGGCCUCAGUAUGUAUGCACAACUUUCUGGACCUUUGUUUGCACCACCUGUAGUGGAGUGCAUCGGGAAUUCACUCACCGAGUAAAAUCAGUCUCAAUGGCUAAAUUUAAUGCAGAAGAAGUUAGUGCUCUUCAAGCUGGGGGAAAUGAGAGAGCAAGGCAAAUUUACUUUAAAGAGUGGGAUCCACAGCGUCAUUCAUAUCCAGAUGGCAGUAACCAAAAUAGACUUCGGGAUUUUAUUAAACACAUCUAUGUGGAUAGAAAGUUUGCUGGUGACAGAGGUAUGGGAAAGCUUGCAAUGGUGAGAGCAGGUGCCCAGGAGGACUUUUCUGAUCGGUGUUCUUUUGAGACACCUAGUGCUGGAGGAAGGAAUGAUGACAGAAAAUCGAAGUAUUAUAUUGAAGAAAGAAGAAGUCCACGAAACAAACCAGAAAAUGUCCGAUCUGGUCACAGGAAUCGUCCUGUUCACUUUGAGGUGGUUGAUGACCGGUUUCGAGAUGAUGGAUUGGGGAAUGGAAGGAGCUAUGAAACACAUAGGUCUUCUAAUGCAGAGUCCAGGGCAGGGAGCAGGUUGGGCAAGAUCAGUCCCCCAGUAGCGCGCCCAGUCAGUGAACUUUUGGGUGAGAAUGUUCCUUGUUUGCAGGUGGGUGGAUCUCCUAAUGCCAAUGACAGGAGGGAUACUGACAGCUCUGCUCAUGGUCAGAAAACAGCAUCUCCGAGUGAACCAGUUGAAUCGAAAUCGCUUGAACCUAAAACGGUGAACUCAGUUAGCUUGAUUGAUUUUAGUGCUGACCCUGAGCCUCCUGAUCCUGCGGCAGCACCACAAACACAACAGACAGCUCUAUCAAUUGAAGGUGGCAAUGGGGCUUCUGACACUCCUGUUGUAAAUUCUUUGGAAUCUCUAUUGUUUGGAUUGUCAGCACCUGCUGCUGGACCUGUAGAUAUCAUGUCUGAAGCACUGGCCAUCAUGGAUGGUGAGUCAGCUGCACCUUUAGCAUUGUCCAAUAAUGUUGGAGGUACUGUAGCUGAAUCAACAUCCGAUAAACCAGCAGCUUCACCGGUUGGAAUGGAAUUAAUGCUGCUUAGUAGCAGCAAUGAUUCCAAUGUCAGAUUUACUGAUGGUCAAAAGUUGCCAAUAACACAGCAAAAUCAGUUGUACUCAUCCCUUUCUGGUGAUGGUAUCUCCACUACUCUGUCAGUUGGAGCUUCACAUAGCCAGUCCUGGACUACAUCCAAUGGACCAAAUGCUCAAGCUUCUUCUAGUGUAUCUGCAGAAAAACCAUCUCAACCCAGCUCUGAAGCGACCCAAGAUGGGAUGAAGGAACUUCCGGCUGUAAUAGCGGACCUUUUCACUUCAAGCUAUUCAUCAUUCCCAGUAUCAGUACCUGGUUGGCAAGUUCGUCCUCCUCAUGGGAUGGGAUUUCACAUGCAGUACCAUCCAACUGCCGUGCCUGUGCCAGCUUUUCCCAAUUCACCAAGAUCAAGGAAUCCAUUUGAUCUCAGUGAUGAUGGCACUGAAGCUCAAGUUCCAAUGCCAAUGUUCCCUUCAAUGUUGCCUGUGCAAGGGGCACUACCGAACUUGCCAGCUCCAUCAGCCUUAUUGCAUGUUUCCGAUGCCCAUUCCUCCCACUUGAUGCACCCUCAGGCACCACCUUAUGGAUCUGUAGCACCUCCACAGUUGCCUUAUGGAAUGUCAUUAGCUCCUGUUUCAGGGGCUUUCAAUGAACAGCAAUUCCACAAUGGCUUCCCGUUUUCCAGACCACAAAUGAUGCAUACAGGAAGGGAAGAUGCUUUCGCUUCUUUGAACCCAAUUCAGCAGCCCGGUGGCAGAUUCCCAGCAGCACCAACUACUACAAAUUCUCUGUCAUCAGCAGGAGGAAACCCCUUUGGAUAGUGUUUAGAUUGCAUUAUUCUUGUUCCAUUUCUGAGUCAUAAUCUUUACCUCUUUUUGCCCAUGGAGCAAAUACCGGGAAUAUAACCUGUCCUCUCUGAUCUAUUCAAGCCCAAUCAAAUUUGUUGAUUUUUGUCCUUUGAAAUGAGGUUUUGUUAUAUGGUGGGGAGUCGGGGACUAAGGAGUUGUUUCAAGGUCUUGUGUUCAUUGUAAAGAAUUCUUCUUGUAUUACUGAUAAAUGAUAAAGAGAAAAGAAAAGGGAAAGAAUUCUUAUUAGGGUCC